AAUUAAAAUAUUUUUAUUCGAGUUUCAGACAAGUUAUGUCUGCAAUUUCAUAAUAUGUUACUGUGCUAAUAUUAUUUUAUAAUUUGUGUUUAAUUAAAUAUACGUGUUUACAUACCGGAAUUAUAGUAACGUUAACGAAAUUAAUUUGAGAGUGAAAUCACAAAUUAGCACGUAUGGCUUACAAAUGGGGCAUAGGAGAAACGCUCAUCUAUAGCAAAAUAAGAAACGUGCAGUAUUAGGAAGAGAAGAGUAGCAGAUUUAUUUGUUAAGUAUCGGAAAGGAUUUAUGCCUACACGUAAGACCUCAAUAAACAACAGUAACAUUAACCAAAUGCUUGCCAUAAGUGAAGAACAUCAUACAGAUUCCGGCACAGUUACAUCAGAUACCACCAAUAAUGGCAACAUCAAUUCAUCCAACAUUACAAACAACAACAACAACAAUAACACAAAUAGCAUCAGUAACUCCACGAUGCCACCAUUACCUGAUGGCAGCUUGUGGACAGCUUUAUAUGAUUAUGAAGCACAAGGUGAUGAUGAAUUAUCCCUGCGAUGUGGUCAAAUUGUGAUAGUAUUAUCGAUGGAUAGUAAUAUCUCAGGAGAUGAAGGCUGGUGGACUGGAAAAAUUGGUGACGAGGUUGGCAUAUUUCCUAGCAAUUUCGUUACGAACAAGGAUCCUAUGUUAUUAAAUGUGCCUUCAGCGAUUGGUGAUAUACAACCGCGUGAAAUCGCUUACGAGGAAUUAGACAUAAAAGAAGUAAUCGGUAUUGGUGGCUUUUGUGAAGUACAUCGUGGUUAUUAUGGCAACGAAGAAGUUGCUAUAAAGGCAGCACGUCAGAAUCCUGAUGAAGAUAUGCAAACCGCACGCGAAAAUGUUUUACAGGAAGCCACACUUUUAUGGGCUCUAAAGCAUGAGAAUAUUGUCGCAUUGCAUGGCGUGUGCUUAAAGUCAAAAUUAUGUCUAGUUAUGGAAUAUGCACGUGGUGGGAGUUUGAAUCGUAUUUUGGCUGGUCGCAAAAUACCGCCCGAUGUGCUGGUUGAUUGGGCAAUACAAAUAGCACGUGGCAUGAAUUAUGUACAUAAUGAAGCUAAAAUUUCGAUUAUACAUCGAGACUUAAAGAGUUCAAAUGUUUUAAUAUUUGAAGCAAUUGAAGGUGAUAAUCUGCAUAAGAAAACGUUAAAAAUAACAGAUUUUGGUUUAGCACGUGAACUCUAUAAUACAAAGCGUAUGUCGGCGGCUGGCACAUAUGCAUGGAUGCCGCCGGAAGUGAUAAGCAGGGGCACGUACUCCAAAUCAUCGGAUGUUUGGAGUUAUGGUGUCCUGUUAUGGGAGUUAAUUACUGGAGAAACACCUUAUAAAGGUUUCGAUUCACUAUCAGUGGCAUAUGGUGUUGCUGUAAAUACUUUAGCUUUACCGAUACCUAAAACCUGUCCAGAAGCUUGGGGAAAACUCAUGAAAAGCUGCUGGGAGAGUGACCCUCAUAAUCGACCUGGUUUUAAAGAUAUUCUAAUUAAAUUGGAAGAUAUAGCGCGUUCUGGUUUCACACUAACUCCACAGGAAUCUUUUCAUACAAUGCAAGAUGGUUGGAAAAAAGAAAUUGCUGAAGUCUUGCAUGAGUUACGCUUGAAAGAAAAGCGUUUUCAAUCACUUGAAGAGGAACUGCGUAAUAAAGAAGAGGAGCUGCUGUUAGUACAAGCACAACAAAAAGAAAAGGCUGAUCAUUUAAAAUUAAUGGAGGAACGAUUGGUGGCACGUGAGAUAGAACUGAUCGGACGUGAAUUAAUUGUUUUACAAACUCCUGUACCUAAUAAAAGGAAAGGAAAGUUUAGUAAAUUAAAGGUAUUAAAAAGCAAAGAACCUGUAAAAAUAUCACACCCAACUGAUUUUCGUCAUACAUUGACAACAAUUCGUGAUAAUUCUCGUGUACGCACUGACACACCGCCUGGAUCACCUGCCAUAUCGGGAUUACGCAUUGUAGCACUGCCAGAUGGUUAUAAAGGUAAAACAUGGGGGCCUUCAACGGUACAUCAACGUGAACGUUCACAUUUGCCAACUUUACGUUCUACAGAAUGGCAUGCAAAUGUAUCGACUCAUGCAUCAUUUAGCAAAAGCGCUCCAGAUCUCGAUAAAAAAAUUACCCGACAACAGCAGCAAAGAGAGAAUAAUUCAGGCUCAACUCCAACGUCACCAACGCAUCCACCCGCAACGAUAAUUGGCUUCAAUUCACAAGGUAUUCGUAUAACCACGAACACCAACAGCUACAACAGCGCAAAUAUGCAAACUGUGUCCAAUUUUAAUUCAUCCAAUUCAUCUUCGGUACCAUCAAUGGUUGCAAAUGCAUUGCUCAAUAAUAAUCAUGCUAAAAAUAACAUUAGUAACAGCAUUAAUACAGCAUUAUCCAUUAAUAGUUUUAAUAGUAAUAAUACCACUACUUCUACUAGUACACUGACCCAGAAUAAUUAUAAUAAUGGUAAAAUUAAUAUUGGUGGAUAUUGUAACGAUCAUUUGCGUAAUAGUAAAAAAUCUAAAAAGAUAUUGGGGAAGAGUCAUGAAUGCAUGUUGGAAACAUUUCAAUAUACAAAUAAUCGUAGUCGUUUUCCUAUUAUACAUACACUGGAUAGCGAUUCAGAAAGCGAACCAAUUACACCAACAACAGGCUGUUUUCCAUUUCGUAAAGUCACACCAAAUAACACAUUACCUGAUCGUAGUCCAUUAUCCGAGCAUGCUUGUAAUAGUCUUGGUAAUAGUCCAGCAUUUACACGAAAAAAGUUUUCUUUGGAUAGUAAAUUAUUACCAACAAUGAGUCAACAGAAUCAGUCACGACUGGCAGUCCAUUGGUUUGACAAGACAACUUUAACAAGUCAACUAUCUGAUAAUGAUAAUAUAUUAUUAACCAAAACGAGUGAUCCAGAUGCACCUACAUAUGAUCGUUUCUUUUACAAGUCAAUGGAGCAAUCCUUAAAUGAAAUAUUUUCAACUGUAGGUAAUACAGAAGAUACAAAUUUUCAGCGUUCCACUUCGAAUCGAUCGUUUUGGCAACGUUCUGAACGUGUAAGUUCAAAGUCAAGCGGCGAUUUAACAAUGUACAAUUCCACUUCACACAUCGCUGAUGAAAAUGUCGAAGAAAUGGAAAGUGCAUAUCGAUUUCAACGUAACGGUUCAGGAUCUCAGUUUCCACGUCACUGUUUCUUUCGUCAACCAUCAAACAGUGAUGAACAUGAAAAUUAUGAAAGGAGUGAACUGAAAUCCUCUGAUACGUCUGCUCAGAAUAGUAGCAUACAUGAUAUAUUACGUCGUUCUACUUCCGGAGAUGAUCGUUUCAAUUCUAUUUGUUCCGAUCAAUCAUCAUCGAUUGAUACAAAUAACUCGCAACAAGUAUCACGGAAGUCAUCAGUAACUUUUCAGGUGAACACCUCAUCCACUUCACAUAAUACCUCUUUUGCUUCAAUAGAAGAAUGGCAAAAUAGUUCCAUCAAUAAUUCGAUGGACUCACCAAUUGCAGCAAAUCACUCAAUAAGUUUUGCCACUUAUUAUUCAGAUGACAACAAUUCAAUGAGUCGUAUAGCAGCAAAUAAUGUAAGCGAUAAUCCAGAAGCAAUACGAAAUUUUCCUGCAUCACGCGGUAUAUCGGAGAAUUCCUUUUUUGCAACACGAAAACUACAGGAUGUACAACCAGAUCCCGAAGUAAUCAAAAUGAAAGAAAAAUUAUUGAAACAACAACAAUUACAAGAACAGAAAUUACGAAAACAAAAAGAAAAUUCCAACAAACUGAAAUCCUCCAAAUCAAAGUCAUCAACAACACAUUCAUCCUCCGAUACAAAUUCGUCCAAUUCAGCCAAAUUUAAAAAGUCUAUAAUGAAUUUUUUAACAUUUGGGACGCUGCGCAGUUCGAAAAAGAAAUAUCGAACAAAUUCAAAGAGCGCAUAUAAAUUAUUCGAAAAUGCAAAUGCCGAAUUCGCAACCGACAUUGGCAAUCAUGAACCAAAACUACGUACACAAUCCUGUGAACAAUUGGAAAGUUCUGGACGCUGCGUUACAUAUGAAUCAGGUUAUAAUUCCAAAGAUGAUUGGUGUUCACAACUACCUGUACUGGCUGGCGGUGGUCCUAAGCUUCCAAUAAUGUCUCCAAAUCCCUACCUUUUAAGUCGUUUCACUUCUAACAUACCAAUGCCAACACUAUACGCUGGCGACUCCGCACGUAAACCAAAAUUAUCAGUUAUUGAAGUAUUGCUAUAUAAUAUGGCAGCGUUAUUAGCCGGAGUUGCGGCUGGUUACGAUGUACGAGUAUCAAACGUAUCGCCCGUGCAUCCCACAUUAUUGAAUGAGGUGCCUGCACUAAAAGCACCAAUUGAUAUGCAAUUUUCAAACAUUGUUGAUGAACGUAGAUUUGCUGCUAACACUUAUCAUGGCACGGGUAAACAUUGUCGCAUUCCAUUAAGUGCAUUAACAUAUAUGCCCACAGAGGAACAUUUGAUUAUGCGUCGUUCCGAAUCUCCACAACCAAUAGGCACACAACCAUUUUAUUCAAAAAUUAUACAACCAACUUCAAGUUUACAAAACACUCCGUUUCAUCAACGUCACGCACAACAACAUCAUCAAUUACCCUCAACAAUUUCUACUACGAGUGGACUGGGUUCCAAUUUUACUACAAAUACGUCUGGUAUGUUAUCAACUUCAUUAGGUAGUCAUACACAACCUCCAACACCGUCGCCUCGUCGUAAAAUUAGCACAUCGUCUUUCACUGAAAAUUUUGAAUAUUCCGAAUGUGAUGAACCAGCUCCUCCACUGAGACCAUUUGAACGCUUUGCUGUAGAAAAUAAUAUACGACAGACUUACACACCCGCUGAUUUCCUAAGGAAUGGACCGAGCUUUUCCAAUGAUGGCGGAGCUUACGGUGCUGGCGCACAUCGAACUGGAUAUUUUGGUUCAAACUAUUUCCCAUAUCGCCCGGAUAUCAAUCUAUCCUAUGAACGUGAUUGUAAAUCAUACCCCGACUAUUCAUAUGACUAUAAUCAUCGCUUGCCCAACUACUAUGACUAUGAGUACAAUACCCAACACUCACAACAACAACAGGAACUUCAGCAACAGCAAACACGUUCACCUCCUCCCAGAAUGCCACAAAUGGGUAUAACUGCAGCUGGUCAUCGACGAACACCAUCCACAAUAUCAAACAGUUCCAAUUUUAACCAAAGUUUCACUUUGGAACGCGAUGAAUUACCAACUUCUCUCUACGAUUAUAAUAAUUUAAAUGUAAAUAUUUCCACCACAACGACUGAUUAUGCACAAUUUCGAGAACCUACUAAAGUGGUUCCGCCACCCAGCAAACAUGAACUUUAUAAAAGUUCACCGAAACUAACAAAUCGUAUUACUAGUCGUGCUGAAAUUGUGGGCACUAGUUUAAAUCGAAUGCGAGACUAUGAAAACUUACAUCCAUAUAUGGGUGAGAGUCCUUUACAUAAAACUAAAUUUCAACAACAACAACAACCGCAGCAACAAAUUAUAUUGCUACAACAACAGCAGCAACAGCAACAACAACAAAAUCAAAUUUCAACAAUACAAAUAAAUGCUUACACGCACACACGCUCAACACCGUUGAGUCCAAUCAAUACUAAGCCAUUGGUGAUACAGGAAAGACCAGCGAGUUUGCCGUUUGAACAGACUUUGCUUGGCUUCAGUAAUGCCGGCACGAAAUUACGUUCCUCACUUAAGAAGUACAACUAUAAAACGAGUAAUGGUACAACAGGAAACACUUCAAAUGGUCUUGCAACGGCAGGUAUUGGCAGUUUGCUGGGUACCAAUGGUGGGAGCAUAUCAUCGCAACAAGGUACACCAACUAAUCCCACACCACCCGAUUCACUUACCAGUGAUGACAGCUCAUAUUUAAGUGCCAAAGAAGGUUCGAUUUCAUCACAACAUAGUCGUGUUCGUUUCAGUCCAGAAGCAUAUCUGGAUGCGAAUAGUGGAAUAGCCAAAAAUGGAAAUCUAACCACAACAACAAAUACAGCGAAUACGACGAAUACACAAUGUCAUGAAUAUGUUAAUCGUGCUUCAAUCUCUAUAAUGAAUCGUCGAUUAUCACGUCGUCACACAAAUGAGCUACAAAGUACAACAGCAGCGCCAUCUUCAACAACAUAGCAGGCUAUACUGGCAACUUUGCAAAUGGCACGUAGUCCUGGCGCUGUUAUAAAUAAUAGCACAUUGUCAUUAAACUCACAACAGCAACAACCACAACAACAACAAUUACCUUAUCGUUGGUAUUCUGGUGCUCGACGUUCACGUUCCGCUCAUUAUGAAUAUAAAUUGUAAAUAAUGUAGAGAAAAACAAUUCAUCUAAUUAAUAUCGUAAUUUUUUA